GAGCGAGCCUCGCCUCGCGUCCCUGCACGUGAUGUGGGAUCCUGAGAAGCGGCGAGGCCGGAUUGCCCCCAACCCGGGCUUCCAGAACAGUGGUUGCACAAGGGAUCGGACGGUUGACCGCAUCAUUUACCAAACAUCAACCUUCAUGCGCGCGAUCCCAGGCGUGUGGUACGACAGGAACUUUUGAAACAGCCUGUCCCCGGGUAGCAGCCACUCGCCUAUUUGUCUUUGACGAGGCUGUCAGCCUACCCACCAUCUGUCUUUCCAACGCAAAAUGUUUGUGUAGCCAGGCCACUGCCCUGCUGGCGUCAAUCUAUGACAGCUCAGUUCCUCCAUCAUGGGAUAUCCAUGUCGGACUAGUGGCAAGCAUUGCCUGACACUCCUUGAUUAGCCUCGCCGAGCUCUGGCGGAGUGGAAAUUGAUGCUCCGUGGCUACAUACCUCAGACUUGGUGACACUGCUGUUCUGAUUGAUCUGGGGUUUCAAGUAAGAGCCUGUUGCCGUUCGCAACCCGUCUGAUCAUUGCACUAACGAUCAUCGCGGGAUCCCUGAUGUCGUUGCACAGACGCUUGUUUCCAGAGCGAGCAGUCUGGUAUUCUGGCAAAACACAUACUCAAGGCUUUUGACCUUUCAUACGUCCUCCGAUGGCCUUUGGCUGGCCCAGAGAGGGACUUUGAACAGCUCUGACAACAGCCGUCAUAUGAAGGCGAUUCUUCCUUCCACCUCGAUGCCUCGGGCAUUAUAAAGGGCACACAAUAUCAACUCGGGCGGUAUGCAUUAUCCGGUGAGUUAUACAGGCCUUGGCCAAGUGAACUUAUUCCCGGCUUGGUCCCUAUCGGUUGAGGCCAGGCCGCGUCACACUACUAUCUUGACCUUGGCAUUAGUUACCACGAGAGCCGGGCGCCCUACGUAAGGCCCAGACGAUGGACACGCCCAACCACUGCUGGUGAAUGUAUGCUUCCUGAUGACACAACACAUCGCGACAAGGGAACAUUCGACACCAGGGGCUCGCGUCCUCCUCGGAAAGAAUCAUUGAAGCAAGACGCUUGUACAUCACAGCCAAUUGGCUGGUACCAACUGUCGUUGCAGCAAAGUUUGGAAAGCCAUGCGAGAGGUCAAGAUAGGAGGUCUUUAAAUGAAGACACUGCUGAUCACCGGUGCUUGGCCGUCCACGGAUCAUCAAGAGAUAACAUAUUGCCCAGGUAUGCAUGGCGCAUCGCUAUACCGAACUCAGUGUCCGACCCUUCCGAAAUCCAACAGAGCCGAGCAUGGCUUCUGCAUAAACAAUGCCAAUACGCCCUGAGCCGCUAGUACAUUUUGAGGAUAUCUGUGGUCAUAUAAUGUGAUGCUACAUGCAGCAGCACUCGAACAAGCUUUUACCCAAGAGGCGACCCAUACAUUGAAGGUCAACGAUUUGUCCACCUGCUGACCGACAAGGUUGUCCUCGGAGAGGGGGGUAUUUCAUCUCUUCUAUUAGUCACUCUGCAGGUGCUUGGGAAUGGCAAUUCAUCAUCUUGGAGUGGACUGGCCAAGCAGGAUGCCCAGCGCCGCCCGGAGAAUAUCUUACGCUGGUCACUGAAUCUUACGUCGACUGGUGACGCACCGUACACGCAGACAAGAGGGUGAACAAGGCGAUGC